AAAUUGAAGAGUUUUAUAUAUUAUAUGUUAAUUUUGCAAAUAAAUUUGAAAUUUGUUUAUAUUUCUAAUUAAUAUCCAAAGUUAAUCAGCAACUACUUGAAGAGAACUGAAGUACGAGAGGCGGAAUUAAAGUAAUUUGAUGUGAUUGAUGUAAAUAAUAAUUUGUUUAUAUUAUAUCGACAUUUGAGUUUUAGACUGCGUUCGGGAAGCGCGCUAUCAGCGCUAUUACAUUUUUUUAUCUUUACUGUUAAUUAGAUGUGAUAAAACAAAAUGCAAUACUGCAAAUGUCGGUAGGAGCGAUCUCCGAACGCAGUCUCUUAGGUGACUUACAAAAGAAAAGACAAUUUCAUUUUUUUUUCUGUUUAUACUAUUUUUUAGACCAUGUCGGCGUACAAGUUAACAUACUUUAACAUUGGAUGCGUUGGGGAGCCAAUUAGAUACCUGUUAAACCAUUGCGACGUCAAAUUCGAAGAUAUUAGACUCAAUUUGGAAGAGUGGCCGAUGUACAAAGCAAACAUGCCCAUGGGACAACUGCCGAUUCUGAAGAUAGAUGACAAGACGUACCAUCAGUCCAGAGCUAUCGCCCGCUUUAUCGCUAAGAAGUAUAAUUUAUACGGGUCCGACGAGCUCGAGGCUAUGGAGAUUGAUGCUACAAUCGAUUCUAUCGAGGAUAUGAGACAAGCUCUGUCCGUCUACUACUGGGAACAGGAUCCGGUUUUUAAAGAAAAAUUCAAGGAGAUCGCCUUCCAAAAACUGCCAUUCUACCUCGAUACGCUCGAGGUUCAAGUCAAGAAUAACGGCGGAUACUUCGUCAAUGGCAAACUGUCGUGGCCGGAUUUCAUGUGGGCCGCAUUUUCUGAACGUCUAAGCUUUAUCCUGACCAGGGACGUGAAUCAUGAUCAUCCAGAAUUGAAGAAGCUAGUGGAAAAGAUUCGCAUCUUGCCCAACGUUAAAGCUUACAUCGAGAUGCAACUCAAAAUUUAAUAGUACGUAAAACAAUUUUGCACCUUUUUUAUUUUUAUUUUUUUUAUUAUUCGAUAUCAUUCUUAUCGUCGAUAUCAUUUUUAUCGAUAUUUUAUCGACAUUAUUCUUUAUUAAGCUUUUUCGACAGAAAUGUUUCGUGAAAAUCGACCAUUUUAUUUGUACCCUAACAUUAUUUAACAUUAUAUAACAUUAUUUGUUGCUGUGUAAUAAAUGUAAAGAACAUUUUUCUGUAUCGAUAAAAUUGUCUGCUUAUCGAUAAGAAUUUCUUACCUCUUUUUAGAAUAAAUUAUUUUUAUAAGGGGCUUAAAUAUUUAAAGUAAUCUACAAAAUAUUAUGACUUUUUGAUAUGAAGUUUCUGAAAUGAUAAAAAUUGAUAAUGUACAUACGUGCAUUUGCUAUUCUAAAAGUACGGUUCUGAAACGGAUGAUUAUUACAUAUUUAUUUAGCAAAUUAUAUGCAUUGUAUUGUAUACACAGCUAUCAUUUAUGUAAACGGAUUCAUUGAGGCGCAUUUAUAAUCUCUAUAAAAUAAAGCUAGAAAUGUUAACUAUCAUCAGAGUAAUAUACAUACAAAAAUAAAUGCUGAAAUUAAUUUGAAA